AUGGAGAAUCUUCAAAACCCAGAACCGAAUGGAGGUAAUAAUGCUACUAAUGGUGAUUCCGGCAACAUUAAUCCUUCGAACGGCUUAGAGACUCCUCAAGUGCCAAAUGUUGAAGUGGAGAAUAAUGGAGCCAAUAAUGAUUCGAACAAUGUGACGAAUCAAGAUGAUGAUGUUAGUAUUUCCAAAUCUCAGGGUCAUGAGAAUGUUUCUACUGAAGUUUUUGAGGAGAAUGAUGCUCAAGUCGUCAUUACUUCAGAGACGAAAGAAACCGGGCUAGGAAUAGAAGAAACUAUGAUAGAAGAAACUGCUCCUGCUCCAUCGAUAGAAGAAAUUACUCCAGAGAUAGGAGAAGCCACUCCGAUAUCCGAGACUCGCAUGGUGGUGCAUAAAUAUUCUACUGCAGGGAUUGCUUUCGUUCCUCCAUUUGCUUUGCAGACUUCAUCAUCAUCUACCACGUGGAUUGGGGAGAUUUCGGGAUCAGCAACCGGAGAUGUUUCUUUAGCUUUUCCUUUGUCUGUGCGAGUUUUGAGAUCUCUAUACAUAAAGAUUGGUGAGACGAAGACGAAGAAAAACAUUACACCUACACCUGAAGAUUCGGAAGAAGAUGAUUCGGAAGAAGACGAUUCAGAAAAAGAAGAAGAAAAAGAGGAAAAAGAUGAGGAUGAAUAUAAGAAGAAAAGUGAGCUUCUUAAAAGUUCUACAUCAACUAAACCUCAUGGAAAGCUUAAGAAAACUGAUGUUGAGGAUAACAUCAAGGUAAAGUCAGGAAAUUUCGUCGCUAAAGGAGAUGAAAUGAGAAAAGAGAAAGGGAAGUCUAACGACUGA